AUGGAAAAAUUUAUGCAGGCCCUUCAAUUUGCUGCUCACAAACAUCGAUUUCAAAAACGAAAGGAUCCCGAUCAAACACCUUAUAUAAAUCAUCCAAUAGGUGUUGCACAUAUUUUGAGCAACGAAGCGGGUGUGACCGAUUCUGAUAUACUUGCUGCUGCACUUUUACAUGAUACAAUUGAAGAUACGCAGACAACAUUCGAUGAGCUUCAACAAGAAUUUGGACCUCGCAUUGCAGGAAUUGUAGCUGAAUUAACUGAUGACAAAAAUUUGCCGAAAGCGGAACGUAAGCGUUUACAAAUUGCUAAUGCUGAUAAGCUAACUUUGGAUGCUGUCAUUGUUCGUCUGGCUGAUAAAAUAUACAAUCUACGUGAUUUAAAUCGUUGCACACCUGUUGGUUGGUCUGACGAACGUGUUAAAGACUACUUUGAAUGGUCAUCCAAAAUUGCACCUCAAUUAUUUGGACGCAACGCUCAAUUGGAUGCUGUUCUAAAAGAAUUAUUUCUUCAAAAAAACAUUCGAUUUGAUUAA